UUCGCGCUCUCUGCUGCGCACAGACAGCCGGUGCGGAGAGUCGGGGGGGAGGCAGGCAGGAGAGAGCUGCUAACGCUGGUGACAGAUAAACGGCAGCGAGCGCAGACAGUCUGAGGAGCAGCGGAUGCGACAAGAUGCUGAGAGUCGCCUUGCUGUGCGUGUGCGCCGUCGCCUUCGGACGCGCCUCUGCCCGAUCCGACAGCGGGAAUUUUUUGGACGAUAAGUGGCUCACCGGAAGGUGGGAUAAAUUCAGAGAUGAAGUUGAGGAGCCUGGGACGUGGACUCCUUCUAAGCCUUUCGAUCAAGGUCUUGAUCCUGCCAAAGACCCCUGUGCAAAGAUCAAAUGCGGCCGGCAUAAGGUCUGUGUGGCUGAGGAUUAUAAGACUGCCACUUGUGUGAGCCAGAGGAGAGUUAGUUUCAAAGAUGCCAGUUUGUACCAGAGUCCAGGGUCUAAAUGCAAACCGUGCCCCGUGGUUCAUCCCUCGCCCGUCUGUGGAAGUGAUGGCCACACUUACUCCACAAAGUGUAAGCUCGACUACCAGGCAUGCAUCUCAGGAAAGAAGAUUACUGUGAAGUGUGCUGGCAUGUGUCCCUGCACCUCUCAGCCUGAAAAGAGUUCUGUAGAAAAGAAAGUGUGCAGUGAGUCGGAGCUAAAAGAGGUGGUGAGUCGCCUCAGGGACUGGUUCCGAGUGCUGCAUGAGAAUGGCAACCACAAGAGAGUCAAGAUCCAAAAGCCAGAGAAAAGCAAGUUUGAAGUCGGAGCGUCACCUAUUUGCAAAGACCCCCUUGGGUGGAUGUUCUCCCGGCUGGACACCAACUUCGACCUGCAGCUGGACCAGUCAGAAAUCAGAAGCCUCUAUUUGGACAGGAACGAGCCAUGCUCUGAUGCUUUCUUUAGGUCAUGUGACACUCACCCCGACAAAGUCAUAACCAGCUCCGAGUGGUGCACAGGCUUCCAGAGAUACACAGAUUCUCCGUGUAAAGCAGAGCUGUCUAGUAUGAACAAAAAGCAAGCUGGGAAGAAGUUACUUGGCCAGUACAUGCCAUCCUGCGAUGAGGAAGGUUACUACAGGUCUCACCAGUGUCACAGCAGUAGCGGCCAGUGCUGGUGUGUCGAUCGCUAUGGCAACGAAGUCGCGGGCUCACGCACCCACGGUCCUGCAGACUGCGGUGUCACUUUUGAGUCUUCUGGGGAUCUCGGCAGCGGCGACUCGCUGUUCAGCGACGACGACGAAGACUCGUUUGUCCUCACUGAUCAAGCUGGUAUGGAUGAUGAAGAUGAUGAGGAUGAUGAUGGGGAUGAUGAUGAUGGCAAUGAUGAGUACUUGUCAUAAAUUUUUUUUAAAGAUAACAAAAAAAACAUACUUACAAAAAAAGAAAGUUUGUAAAAACGUUUGGUCAAAUUGCACGUUUCUAGGUGACUCAAAUCUUUCAUUGUUCUAACAGCCUUUGGACUACUGUCUGUGUAUUUUUUCAUCAGUUAAGAAAAAAAUAAGCUAUAUUCCAGGACAAAAAAAUCAUUUCUAUUCCUAUUUAUGUAGAGAAUAUGGACAGUUAAUGGCACUUGUUCAAAUGUAAGUCAGCCAAACCAGAGAAAAUAAGAACUGGUUGACAAUCAGUCCAUCACUUUGGAUUUGAUUACAGGUGCAGACCUUUUUUCCUUCAGCUGAUAGUCCAUGUCUUUCAGUGUCCCCCAUCUUUGUGCAGCACUCUAAUGGCUGAGUGUGUUGAAGCCUAAGGCACAACGUUAAAGAGAUUUUCCCCUCCUUCAGUCCUCCAUCUUGCUCCUCUCCUCCUCUUACACUGUUGUCCUUAUCAGAUGUUCCUAUGUAUAGGUGGGAUGUUGAUGAUGUAGAUAGGAGAAUAUUGCACUCUUGAGGUUUCUUUUGAUCUUGAUUUCUGUGACUGUAACCAUGUUAAGAAAAAAAGAAAAGAAAAGAAAAAAAAAACAAGAUAAAAGUUAGACAUCGGAAAAACAAAGACAAAAAAAAGAAGAAAAGAAAACUCAAGUUAGAUAAGGGCCAGAACCGACACGUCAGAUGUUUUUAAUGAUCAACACGUCAGAUCCUCACAAAGGAUCCGUAAGACAAGGAGAAAUUACUGCUUGGCUUGUGGUGUGUGGGUGGGGUUUGGGUAUUAUCUAUUUUUGUAAUCUGUCUCUGAAUGAAUCCAUAGUAAAAGAAGAAAAAAACAGAUUUGUCUUAGCUUGUCCACUCUGUGAUGUUAUUUCGGUUUACAGAAGCUGAACUUUUGAGGAACUCAAAAUAUACAAGAACUUGAAGUUGUUGUUGUAAAUUAAAAAAAAAAAAAAGGAGAAAAAUUCCCCUCAGGUCUGUACAGAUAAAAUACACUCCAACAGGUUGUCGAUCCGUAAAGAAAAGCUCAUUAGAGCUCAGCAGAAAAUGUGUUUGCAUUUUCGCACGUGAUGAGAUUUUAGCACACAGCAUAGGAGGACAAAUAUCUUGCACAAUGAGUAAACCGCAGAGCCAUGCAGACCUGCUGAAGAUACAGAGUAGGGAUUAAAAGGCUAGGUGUGCCUUUCACUGGUAAAGACAGCUGGUGGUGAUGGAGGAACAAGCAUGCUUACUGGACUGACUUAAACUUGUCUUUAUACCGGAUAAGAGUAGCUUUACUCUUAAUCCUAUUUGGACUUGAGUGUGGUUUUUUUUUGUUUGGGGUCUCUCUUGUAAAGGUGUUUACUCGGCCAUUCAUUAGAUGUUUUAAUUUGUAAUAUAGGAUUACUAGAAUGUAGAGAAGCACAUCGAUGCUUAGCAGUUAGGGCGUAUAAACACUUAGACUCUGCUGGAUAUGAAAAUGUUUUAUAUAUAUCUGAAUAUAUAUUAUACACUGGCUAGGGGAAACUUUGGUUUAGACAGCUUAUAUGACAAAAAAAGGGUGAUCCUAAUACAUUUUUUGCUUUCACUGUGUUUUAAAAGCUUAGUUUGUACCUGAUCUGCUCUAAAAAAAACCAUUUUUUGUUCAAAUCAGAGGCAAAGGUUCAACUUUUAGCCAAUAUGUGGGUAUUGUUAAGAAAACCUGGGAUCAAUUUUUCACCAGUAAUUUGGCUCCAUUUUGAAUUUCUGUCAACUUUUCCUUUAAUAGCUUGAGAAGUGCCAUCCAUUUUUUUCAUGCCCUUCAUCGAUGCUUCUCCCACUGAAAUCCAGCUUCAUUUUAUAGAAUGAAAGGUGUUUCUGUCAUGGCGUGAUAAGCGAGAGUGAUGACAUGCAAAUCAUUUUUGAAGACCUCAGACACUGUAGCCACUCUCAACAAAUCACACAUCACAGCUCUGAUAGAUCUAGGUUAUGAUACAGAUGCAUUUUUUACAGUGUAUGUAUGUUUUGCUGAAAUAAAGCUAUAUUGUCCAAUA